GUUCGCCUGGGGUAACCGCUAAGCGAACCCUUCGGUAACCGCAAAGCUGUUUUGUACGAUUUACAUAUGGCCUGACCACGAAUUAAAAUCCCCGCGAGAAUAGUUCCCCUUUACAGUAUCCCAUGUACAGUUUGGGAGACAGGACAUUGUUUUAACACUCGUGUGUAUCAACAUCAGAUGGUCAUGACUAGAAUGUCAAUUCGCCACACUUGAUUUGUUUUCUCUCAACCAGAACGACAAAGUGAAGUGGCAAGGCCCAUUUCAUCUGUGAAAAGAAAUUGCUGUUUCAUUGACGUGUCUUUACUAUAUGAUUUUUUGUGAACUUAUAGUAGACGCUUAAAGCGGAUAAAAAAAGUUCAGAUGAAUAUUGAGGUUUGGGCUGAUUCAAUAGAAGGUAAGAUAAUGACAUAUAAUACAGAUGGUUGAGUGUAACAUUUUUGGGAGUACACGUGACAUGCCUGAAUACGUUGGGUCUUCAGGUUACACCAGCAAUAAGAAUAUUGGGUGUCAUUUCCUUGUCACACGUACACAACAGUACUUCGGUUGGGAUAGUCAGCUCCUUAUAAUUGUCACACUCUGAUCUUAAAAAGGAGCACCCUACGAGAAUAUCAUGCAUUUGAAAUUAAUGGUGGUGAUCCUUGCCACAAUUGUGUCCGGACAGCAAACGGUUUGGCCCAGGACGGAGGAGCGGUUUCUGUGCAGCCCUCCUGUGGUCCACAUCCACAACUAUCUGGACAAACAGGAACAGAGUGACCAGCCAGAGGCCAGUCAGGUGGACCAACUCAGGAACCACCUUACUCAGCUGCAAGAAAGAAUGGACUCCCUUCAGACAAACAGGAGUAAACAGGACAUUCACAUUGCUGAGUUGCAAGAGCAAGUCAAGAACCUGACGACAGAGCUCUCGAUCCUGAAACAAGCCUGCAGUAAGACCUGCCGCGAGACCGAUGAGCAGCUAACCUGUCCCAGUGGUUACGAACAGUUCCAGGACAGGUGCUUCAAGUUCUCUACUGAUACGAAGACGUACAGCGAGGCCAGGUCCACCUGUCAGGCUGCAGGGGGUCAUCUCGCUCUUGUGAAGGAUGAGGCAACCAAUACCUUUGUGGCAACCCGGCUGCUGACAAUGUACACCAGUAGCUCCUACAGACAGAUCUACUUUGGGAUGACAGACCAGGUGCAGGAGGGGACCUGGGUGUGGGAUGAUGGGACACUGCUCUCAGGGUGGUCCAACUGGCAUCCAGGAGUACCUGGUCAUGCCAGUAGCACUGAGGAUUGUGCUGAGUGGAGGCCAGGACAAUUUGGCCUAGAGUGGAACGAUGAUCAGUGCUACUACAGUCAGUACUAUGUGUGUGAAAUAAGUGCCACUGUCCCCUAGCACACGUGCACAGAGCAUGGAAAACAAAAUUAAAAAAUACAGUAGUCCUA